AUGUGGGGCCCGAGCGCGCUUCUGUGGCUCUUCGUGGCUCUGCGCACCGCGCGCAGCGGGAUGGAGGUGCGAUGGUGCACCACCUCGGACCCGGAGCAGCAGAAAUGCAGCGACAUGAGCAAGGCCUUCCAGGACGCAGGCAUCCAGCCCUCCCUCCACUGCGUGCAGGGCAUCUCGGCAGACCACUGCGUCCAGCUCAUCGUGGCCCAGGAGGCGGACGCCAUCACUCUGGAUGGAGGAGCCAUUUACGAGGCGGGGAAGGAGCACGGCCUGAAGCCCGUGGUGGGCGAAGUGUACGAUCAUGAGGUCGGUACCUCCUAUUACGCUGUGGCUGUGGUCAAGAGGAGCUCCCACUUGACAAUCAACACCCUGAAAGGCAUGAAGUCCUGCCACACGGGCAUCAACCGGACUGUGGGCUGGAACGUGCCCGUGGGCUACCUGGUGGAGAGCGGCCACCUCUCGGUGAUGGGCUGCGACGUGCUCAAAGCCGUCAGUGACUACUUUGGGGGCAGCUGCGUCCCUGGGGCAGGCGAGACCAGCUACUCAGAGUCCCUCUGUCGUCUCUGCCGGGGUGACGCCACCGGGGAGGGCGUCUGCGACAAGAGCCCCCUGGAGAGAUACUACGACUACAGCGGGGCCUUCAGGUGCCUGGCCGAAGGGGCAGGGGACGUGGCCUUCGUGAAGCACAGCACGGCGCUGGAGAACACUGACGGGAGAACCCUGCCCUCCUGGGGCCAGGAGCUGCUGUCGCGGGACUUCGAGCUGCUGUGCCGGGAUGGCAGCCGGGCCGCCGUCACAGAGUGGAGGCAGUGCCACCUGGCCCGGGUGCCGGCUCAUGCCGUGGUGGUCCGGGCCGACACAGACGGUGGCCUCAUCUUCCGGCUGCUCAACGAAGGCCAGCGUCUGUUCAGCCACGAGGACAGCAGCUUCCAGAUGUUCAGCUCUGAGGCCUACGGCCAGAAGAACCUGCUCUUCAAAGACAGCACCUCGGAGCUCGUGCCCAUUGCCACGCAGACCUACGAGGCAUGGCUGGGCCACGAGUACCUACAUGCCAUGAAGGGUCUCCUCUGUGACCCCAGCCGGCUGCCCCACUACCUGCGCUGGUGCGUGCUGUCCACACCCGAGAUCCAGAAGUGUGGCGACAUGGCUGUGGCCUUCAGCCGGCAGAGGCUGAAGCCGGAGAUCCAGUGCGUGUCGGCCGAGUCGCCGGAGCACUGCAUGCAGCAGAUCCAGGCCGGUCAAAUCGAUGCUGUGACCCUGAAGGGUGAGGACAUUUACAAGGCGGGGAAGACAUACGGCCUGGUUCCAGCAGCCGGGGAGCUCUAUGCCGCCAACGACAGGAGCAACUCGUACUUCGCGGUGGCCGUGGUGAAGCGGAACGGCUCCUACGCCUUCACCGUGGACGAGCUGUGGGGCAAGCGCUCCUGCCACUCGGGCUUCGGCAGCCCCGCGGGCUGGGACGUCCCCGUGGGCGCCCUCAUCCGGAGGGGCUUCCUCCGGCCCAAGCACUGCGACAUCCUCACAGCGGUGAGCGAGUUCUUCAACGCCAGCUGCGUGCCGGUCAACAACCCCAAGAGCUACCCGUCCUCGCUGUGUGCACUGUGCGUGGGUGACGAGCAAGGCCGCAACAAGUGUGUGGGCAGCAGCCAGGAGAGGUACUACGGCUACAGCGGCGCCUUCAGGUGCCUGGCUGAGAGUGCGGGGGACGUCGCCUUCCUCAAGCACACGACCGUCUUUGACAACACAGAUGGUCACAACCCCGAACCCUGGGCUGCUGAGCUCAGGUCGGAGGACUAUGAGCUGCUAUGCCCCAAUGGGGCCCGGGCCGAGGUGUCCCAGUUUGCAGACUGCAACCUGGCCCAGAUGCCAGCCCAUGCCGUCAUGGUCAGGCCUGACACGAACAUCUUCACUGUUUAUGGACUGCUGGACAAGGCCCAGGACCUGUUUGGAGAUGACCACAACAAGAAUGGAUUCAAAAUGUUUGACUCCUCUGAUUAUCACGGCCAAGACCUGCUUUUCAAGGAUGCCACAGUCCGGGUGGUGCCAGUAGGGGAGAAGAGCACGUUCGGCGCCUGGCUGGGCCUCAACUACGUGGCCUCUCUGGAAGGGAUGCUGUCCCAGCAGUGCUCGGGGGCAGUGGUCACCGUCUCCAGCGUCCCCCUGCUGCUGCCGCUGGCCCUGACUGCUGGCCUCCUCCCACCUGCCCUCUGAAAGCAGCACUGGGCAAGCUGCACCCUCCUUUGGAAUGGAAACCUACUC